UCGUGUUCUCAAUCAUUCGUUCGUUCGCUUUCAUUUGUCAGAAUUUCAAAAUCCCUUUUUACACCUUUAAUUUCAAACUAUAUAAUAAUUGCAAUCUGCGCUCACUCGCCAUCACACGCAGCAAAUGUCAAGACUCCCUCGGGGUCCAGCAACAACAACAACAGCAGCGGCAACGGCACUACCGGUACCUGGUUCCAUUCGCCCGCCAGCGUCUGGGAUGGCUCUACCGCGCUCGCUUGCAAACAAUGAUUUUAUGAGCGACCUGCCGGCCCUGGCCGCCCUACCUGCACUCACACAGCGAGUGCAGGCAGGUGCUCGCCGCGCAACAGUAGCCACACCCACGCCCACACUCACGCCGCCACCUGUCGAAGCCUUGGGAGCCGGUGGCCGCCCAUCUGCAAUUUCCGCGCGCAACAUGUUUGGGGGCUCGGUCAGCCCAUCGCCAGGCGCAUCCAACGCCGAUCAUACAUCAUCGCUUGUCUUUAGGACUCCGCCGCCAUCUGCUUCCAGGGAUGGCGGGCGGCUAAACUCGCUGUCCAGAUCACUUGCCCGCUCACCUACACAUGAUCUCAUUUCGCCCCAGGCAUCGGACAGCCAUGACGGCUUUGCUUCCGGGAGAACCAGCCGUGGCGGCGGCUUGCUCACACGGUCGUCUGAGCCCAUUACCUUGGGAACUCUGCGGCCGGGCUCUGACGCGCUACAUAUGCGCAAUGCGUCAUUUUCUAACGAGGGUGGCUCUGUGGCUGGACUGCGCUGCGGCGACCCUGUCUUUAUACCGCUGCAGGGUCUUCGAGGGAGGCUGCGUUACCUGGGCCCGAUCGAUGGCAAGCAGGGUACGUGGGCCGGUGUUGAGCUCGACGAGGUCGGAAAGGGAAAAAACGAUGGUACCGCGGCCGGAAAGAUUUAUUUUGCCUGCCCAAAAAGCACCGGUCUGUUUUUGGCGCCCUCAAAGGUCGAGCCUAUUUCGAGUGAACAGGCUGACUUUUCUGACAGCAACGGCGACGCCGAUGGUGAUGAGGAACAUAUGCGCUCAAUAUCAUCGGUACUCUCUACACCGACUGGCGAUGUCCGCGCGAGCCAGGAUGGCAACCAGCCUGCUACAGUAAACCGCACAGUCCGGCUUUCGACGACUUCAUCGGGCCUCCAGCAACGCACCCAGCCAAAACAGCCCGGCCGCGCACGCAUGUCGAGCGACACACAACCAUCAACAUGUCUUCCGCCUGUUGCCCGGGGCAGCAGCAACAAUGGCAGCAGCAGCGGCAGCCUGGCGUCUACCGCUCACAACCGGCGCACAACGCUGUCACGCACCACCCCAGUGACAGCUGGCAAUGCAGCGCUAGAUGCGCACGCGUCGCCCUCGCGAUCGCGCGCCCCACCCCCAGCUACUCUUGCUCGAGGCCCCAGCAGACCCCGACCCGCUUCCACAGCCAGCUCGAUCAUCAGCAAUCGCACCGCAUCGCCCCCUCUGUCGCGGCCUAACUCGCGAUCGCUUGUGCCCGCAGGCAACGACCAGCCAGCCACUGCACCUAAUGGAGCGCGGUCAACUGCUCUCGGGCGGACCCAGUCUCUCGGCGGGGACAUGCAGGCGUCUGCAUCCACUGCGGCAACCAGGCGACGGAUUAUGCCUGCCGUUUCAACCCGCCCGCCGGAAAUUGCCGCCAAGGCGCUGGGCGCUGGGGCUCGCACCAAGGCGACCGGAUCUACGGAUCCUGUCGACAGGCUCCGCCUGCGCGUUGACAUGCUAGAGGCUGAAAACAGGGUGCUGCGUUUGAAAAACGAGCAGGACAAGGCGCACUUGGCAGCCGGCCAGAUGCUUGCUCGAGAUUUGGUCAGCGUCAAUGGCCCGAUGUCGCCGCAGAUGCGGGGCCCCAUUGAUGGCACCCGCAGACUAUCUCUCCUCAGCCCAGCCGUGUCGAGCGCAGCUACUGACUUUCAAGGCAGUUCAAGCACGUCUGAACUGGGCCAGCAGCUGAGCGACACGCAUCAGCUGCUCGAGCGCGAGCGAAAGGACAGCCAGGCCCAGAUCACGUCUCUUGAGAGUCAGAUCAGCGAGCUUAGGGCCCAUAUGGCUGAAACCAACAGUGGUAACAACAACAACGUCAAUGCCAGCGACAAUGUCGAAGGGGCUCAUACCAACGAGAAAGAGCUUGUAUCAGCGGAGGCCACGCGCGAAAUCAGCGCCCGGAUUGUCGAGCUCGAAGCGCAGCUGGCCCAAGCCACCCGGGACCACGCUUCAGAGCUUGAAUCGGUGGCGGAGGCGCAGUCUGAGGUUAAUCGCACGCUUGAGCAACACUCGGCUGAUGUGGAGGCCCUGCAGGCAAGCCUGGGCGCCAAAGUCAGCGAGCUGAGCUCCCUCAGCACGCGUUUCGAUUGCGUCACUGCCGAUCUGGCCCGCGCCAACCAACUGUACGAGGAGCUAGUGUCCGAGCAACAGCAGAAGCAGGCGGAUGACUCGUCCGAGGAGUCUGAGCUAAUAGCGUCAUUGAAGAAGCAGGUUGAGAAACUGCGGCGGGACUGCUCUGGUGGCGAGGAGCGACUCGCUGCCAUGACUGAACGCCUAGAGGCUGAAACCCUUGCCCGCUCGGAGGCCGAGGCAAAGCUUGCGAGCGCGCUGCUGGACAUGGAGGGCCUGGAGAACAGGGCAUCCGACUACAACGAGAAAACCACGUUGGUGUCGCAGUGCCAUUCGUGCCUUUGCGACGUUGCGCUCUUGGCCCAGCAGCACUCUAGCGAUUCCUCUGUCGAAGAUGGCCCCGAUCAUCUUGCCGCUCUCAAUAUGGCAGAGCUUUUCUCAAUGUCCAAAGAGCGCGUGUCGCGCGUGGCGGACAGGCUGCGCGACAGCUUGGAGCGUGCCACUGCUCUGUCCGAGGGCAUCGAGUCUCGGGAUGUGCAGAUUGCCGAGCUGGUGGUCGCGCUGGAAGAGGCUAGGCGUGGAGUUUCCCAGGCCGCAAGCAAGGCUAUCACAGAUGAGGGUGGCGCCUGCAGCUCGGAGUCAGCGCCCACCGGCAACCUGCAAUCCCGGAUUGAUGAGCUCGAGUGCCAGAACAGCAAGCUUGUUGAGGAGCGCAUACAGUUCAUCCAGGACCAGGCCGUCUUCAACGACUAUUUGGAGAAGCUCGAGUCCGAGUGCAACCGCUUGGUCGAAGACAUUGAGCAGCUGACUUUUGAGAAUCAUAAGCUGACCGACGAGCUCCGCGUUUUCAGCCUUCACAACAGCACAGUGUCUCUUGACUGCUCAGCAAUAGACGCAAAGCUCGCCGGCGAGCCAGCACACACAGACGAUCACGAGUCAGCAGGUUCGGUCAAGAAGCAUACCGACAGCAGCGACCCGAGUAACCAAAAAUCGAGCCCUGCAUCUGUGUCUGCCGACGUCGAUGCCGCACAGCAAAGGCACCAGAGAGAAAUAGCCGUGCUGCAGUCGCGCCUUGCUGAUCUGGAGAACCGCAAGAGCUCCGAGAUCAAAAAGCUGCAAGACGAGAUUGGGAACCUGGAGGACCUGGUUGAGGAUAAGAUUUUCAGCGAGUCUGAGAUGAACGACAAGAUUUUGAUGCUCACAGACGAGGUCGAUCGGCUUCAGCGCGAGAUAAAGCGGAUGCGCAGCUCCGACCCUGCCACUGUGGUUUCUAGCUCAAGCAGCGCCGCAGUGUCGUCAGGCGCCGAUAGAAACGUAAAGACCUCUCGCUACGCAACCGGCGCUGGCACCAGUAGGCACAGCCCGGCGGUCUUGACUACAAACGGAGUUAUUUCUGAGGACGAUGGCGAAGACGACGAGCCCAUGUACUGCGACAUUUGUGACGUCGACACCCAUGGAAUCGCUGACUGCCCUGAGAUCACAGGUGCAUCAUCGACAACCUUCAAGCAUGAAUCCUCGAUCGACUCUUCAAGGCCAUACUGCGAUAACUGCGAACUGUUUGCUGACCACUGGACAGACGAGUGCCCGCAUGGCGACGAGAUGUUUUAAAAAGCAUUUGGUUGUAACCAAACAUUUGAUUUUGAAGUACAAAAAAGUCAUUUUGCGCGGCGUAAGAAACAACG